AUAAAAAUACAGGAUGUGGGCUGCUUGUCGCAGCGCCGUGUUUCCUGAAUGCAACAUACUUAUAGAUGCUCUGCCAAUGGCUAUUACCGAGCAUCUUCCUGGCAUCCCAUUGGCUCAGCGGGACCUCUUACCGUAUGUUUCUAUGCAUGUAGAUCCUCGUCAUUCGUCCCUCAUGUGUCAUGAGGCGUUUCGAGAGUUUGACGUACAUGUGAAUCACCCAGAAAAAAAUGUUCACCGGUCGGGCCAUCGCUCACUAUGCCGAUGUAUGUCUUUGACAUUUUUGAAGGAUUGUUAAAAGCCGACAAAAGUAAACUUCCUGGGAUUAGUUCUUUACAAAACGCCAGGCAAAAACGUCUUCUGAGACAUAACAUGAACUCAAGAAGGCAAAAAACGAUGAGGAGCCAGUUAAGUUAAGUGACCAUCGUUUUGUUAUUCUUUACUCUCUUCUUUCUUGUUUUCAUUGUGCACAACUCUCAUUGUGCAAUAAUCUAAUUGAAACAUGUAUUAGUUACAUUUUUAUGCUUUGGAAAACAUUAAUGUCUGAAUUUGUCGGGGGUCUUGGAACGGAUUAGGGCAUUUACAUGGGAAACGCGUCUCGACUUACAAAAUUUUAUGAUUUCUUCCAGGACCAAUUAAUUUCGUAAGUAGAGGUACCAUUGUAUAUCAAUUCGCCUUCAUUCAGGAAGCCUAACAAGUUGAACUUUAGUUUAAACCAAAGAAUGUCACAAAUCAUAUGAAGAGCUUCCUCACACAAGCGAGAUCCGGGAUCACUACUAUGGUCAUCCCGAAGGACCACAUAAAUAGCCCCCUGGCCUGUUCUAAUUUCCGAGGACUGUUGGCAAAGUCAUAAUUUGGAAAAAUGUACAAACGUGCAGAGAUGUUUCCAAGUGCUGCAUAUUAAUCCGUUUCUUACCUUUUUAAAUCAUUGCUGAUAAUGAUUCAGAGCAAGUGCCAGAGUCAAGACAAAAAUAUUUUCUCAAUCCCAAUUAAAUACGAAACUCAGCAGAAAGGUUGUCGCGUUGCAUCCCGACACAGAUUUUAUUAUUAUUUUUUGUAUGUGCAAAAAGCACUUUGCUCAAUCGAAGAAGCGGACACACUGACUAUAAGUUGGACUCUGUGUACUGUAUGUGUGUUGAACCAAGCCAUUGCGUUGUCAUGCACUUUAGUAGCCGGUGGCAAUAAUGUUGGAGGAGCAGCCCUUACCUUCAACUCAUGAUCUAGCAGCAGCAGCAGCGCAGACGAAUCCUAAGGAAACACGACAAGGAUUUUGUCAAGGCUGAUGCGCGUGUACAUCACACAUGAAUGACAGAUGCUGUCUAUUUUUCGAAGCGCGUUUUUAACAAGACCACACUGUCUAACAGAGUGGCAAAAAAUGACAUGCAAACUACAGAAACUGUUUAAUACUUAUAGUGAACAUAGUCUUUGUGUGUACUUGUGUAUUUUACCGGUCAUGUGGAUGCUGCCUUGGAAAAGUGCAUUUGGAACAGGUGUGGGCAUGAACAAAGCUUCGUUCCUCAUUUAAGUGUUUGUAAAGACGAUUAAUGUGUCUUGUGGUUUUUUUUCGACGUUUCGUUCAUCCGCCACCAGCAUCACGAUGUUCAUGGCUCAAUGCUGCUCAAGUCAACCAUCGCUAUAGUUUGAUAGAGUCAUGUAUUUUUGCUAGCCUAAUGGACCUAAUAUUUGGAUUCCGGUUCAUGUCCAAACCUCCUGUCUUGAAAUAAACUCUGUCUGAGCCUUUUGAGUAUGCAGCAAAGUCCAACUCGGCUUUGGUUUUUUAAAAUCAUAAUGACGACGAGGAAGCCGUUACGUCAUGCGAUGAUGCUAGCUCUGCAACGUGCCUCUUGAGGGCUGCGUGUGUGUGUAGACUGGGACCACACACACUCACAGGUUUGCUAGAGAGGUGUGUUCUGGAGUGCAACAGGGAAGACAGACACAUUUAAACGAGGAAUAGGAAACGUUUGCACUUGAUCAUCUGCUGUGCGAGAAGCAAAAAGCAAAAAGAAAAGCAAAUUAAGCAGGAAUAGUAACAAAGUCCAGGAGAGAUGACAGAAAGUUGGUCGUCAUUUUGCUUGAUUGUCUUCUUGGGCGCAGCGCAUUUGAGGAAAAAAAAAAAUCAUGCUCCGAGUACAACUCCUCCAUAACGCCGGUGUCCUAAAGAGCGUCUUGGUUACAUAUAUAAAUCCAUCCUCAGCUGGGAAGCCUGCUUUGUACAUUGUAACUGUGGAUUACGCGGGCACCAGCAACUACAUCUAUCUGACCCUGGUGGGGGACAAGGGGGAGAAUGAGUGCACCCUACUGGACAAACCUGGCCUGUACUUGUGCCAAGGAGCGGUCAUCGAUGACGCACAACAGAGACCGACAUGUUACAUCCAUCAGGACGAUCGCUCCAAAGUUUGUCGGUCGUGCACCACUGGGCUGACACCGUUCCUGGUCAGACUAGACACGGGGAGGUAUUGGGUGGAAGACCGGUUUGGUCGCUUCGUCACAGUGGAACCUCGAACUGGAGGGCAAUUGCUCGCAUUUCCUUGUUACCGCUGGUUUGUUGGCGAUGUCACAAGAAGGAACGGGAAGGGGCACACAAAGAUUGUUGUUACUGCGAUAUAUCUCUACGCACAAACAGAAAUCGAUCUACUGCAGGAGGCCCGCUUUGACAACGGGAAGAGGAGUGACUUUGAGAAUGCUUUACAAUUCACGGUUAAGGUCAACCAGGCGACAGUGAUGACAAUGAAGUCGUUGAAGAAAUUUGCCACAAACUUUGGGAAAACCUGGGAUGACCAGGAACGGAUCUCUUGGGAGUUGCAAAGCCCAUUCUCCAAGUACUGUUGGGUGCACUGGAAGGAAGACUGCUUCUUUGGGUACCGAUGUUUGAAUGGCUUCAACACGAGAAUGAUCCGAACGUGUAAGACCAUAAAAGGGAAUUUCCCGGUCACAGCUUCCACGGCACAGAGCUCAUUUCCCAAAGGAUCCUAUCGGGGUAAAGAACCCCAGGUCUCCUCGACGUACACCAUCAUGGACUGGAUUCCUACUAACGCAAUCAAGGGUCAACUGCAAAACAUCGCGGGUCCCGUCUACCUCUUCAACCAACAUCCUGACAGAGCAGAGUGCCUCUGCCCGUUGUCAUUAAGACAGGAAGCAGUCAGGCUUGUGCAGGGAAAUACUGAAGGUACAAUGAAGCCUGUGACGUAUUUCGGUUUCAAAGCUAUACCGGAUGGCAAUAACCAACCAAUCACAUACCCAGCAGUGCUCUUCCACAUGUUGGUGGAGGUGUUCCAUGUGGCUACACUUAAGCCUUCUAUACAUCCUGUGUAUGAAGUCAGUGACCACGAACGCUACACACAGUAGAUCUGUAGGGGGCACACUCGGCUCAUCUCUGCAUAUGGCAUCUUCAAACGGGCGUUGUCUACUGGUGCUGAAGGUCUGCUCAUUCUGGCCCAGAAGUACAGAGAUCUCACGUGGCGCUCACUCCACCACUACCUGGAUUUCAUUGAUCGUGGGGUCUCUCAGCUGCCAAACUAUUUCUCAAGCCUGAUGCUGUGAGAAGCCAUACACAGUUUUGUAUCAGGGAUGAUGAGGUUGUACUACUAGUCGGACAAAGAUGUCCACCAGGAAGCUGAGCUCCAACCUUGGAUUAGAGACGUAACACAAGAGGGCUUGGCAGAGCUCCCCGAUUUUGGUCAGUUAUCCACUUCUGUCACACACACACACCCAUACACGAUCACACGCAGAUGCUCUUGGGACUGGUCUUUGCUCAGACGACAAAUCGCCACGCAUCACAACAGCAGGCUGCGCUGUGUGAUGCGCUGGGAGCCCACAACUUUUCCAGCUUUUGAGGUAGUUCGAGGUAAAACAGAGGUGAGGGAAGUACUGAUGGCAAGUAGAGUUUUUCUCGUGUUCCUUCACUUGCUGACUUGUACCUCUAUUCCUCCAGGAUACUGCGCAGAGGAGCACUUCACUGGAGGGGCGAGCAAAGGAGCCGAUUGGUACCUAAAAAAGCUCGAACAGAUUGAAGGGCACGUCUUCGGUCAGAAUGAAGGGCGGGAGCUGGCGUACUUUUUCCUCCUUCCCAGUUGUGUAGAAAACAGCAUCACCGUCGAGAAAACUGACAAGCAUGAUUUCUGUAGACCACACUGA